AUGCAUCCAUACCAGCGCCCCUCCCCGCGCACAGCCUCGGCGGCCAACAACCUCCAGACGAACCCUACACGCACCAACAACCAGCGGAAUCAGCCCAGAGAGGGCUCCCCAUCUUCCGACACAGCUUCCUACAGCGACCGCGGGGGAGAAGAAGGCGAAGGCGAGAUGGUGACCCGCGGCGACCACCUGGCCGAGUCGGACCAGAAGCACUACCAGAAGGUCAACCAGGUCAUACAGAACUUCUUCACCAAAGCAGCCCUCACCAUCGUCUCGUCCCGCGUCAUCCUGCCCCAAGCCUACAACAAGAACGGCGACCUCAAGCAGAACAAAUGGUUCAACGUCGUGCUCGACGACACGGACGUCCUCCAGCAAGACCUCGCAGAAUGGAAGACCAUGGACGCCAUGGCCGGCUUCCAUCCACCCAUGUACAUCGAGGUGUACCUGGACAUCAAGGGUCUCGGACACAAGCAGUCGCUGGUCAUACAUGACGAGCACGGGAAGAGAUGGGACGUGGCUGGAGCCAUGAAUGCUGCCGAAUCCACUGGCCGGCCUCUGAGUCGCGCAAGCAGGCCUACGCAGGUUGUACUGGAGCGCUGGAAGAUACAAGUAGGAGACAAACACGUGGUGCAUCCCUCGGAGCUUGAUGACCCGCUGCCCAACGUGUACAAGAAGGCAGUUGUCCUCUUUCGAUCGCUAUAUGCCUAUCUCCGCUUCAUACCGGCGUUCAAGUACUACAAGAGCAUGGCCAAGCAACCCGCGAACCACCCCGCGCUCAAACUCAACUACCGCAUUACCAACGGCCAGUUCAAAACCCCACACACAGACACACUGAGCCUACCACUAUACCCGUCCCCGGAAGCCAUCACCGAACAGCAAGACUUCACGCCUUCCAACUCCCCUAUCGGCCCGUUGUGCAUAUCGGUGCAGUAUCGUACCAACUGCGAGUUCAGCGUCGAUGAUUCCGAAUCGCUUCUGAGCUCCCAGUUCAUGGGCCUGGACGACACUUAUUUCGAACAGUCGCAUCGUGCAGUGCAGACGCCUGGGUCCGCUCCCGUCGACAAGAUCAAUGCCCAGGAAACGCCUGACGUUGGAACAGCUUAUGGUAGUCUGUCAACGUUUCACCAGGUUGGUCCCCCAACAGGAGCGAGUCCAAUAUCGGCUCUCCGAGCUGUUCGAGACAUGCCAUCAUCUUCGCCCACCGAAACUCCGCCACAGAAGCUUCCACCAAACCAUCGAAUCGCACAAGGCUCAAAAUCCUCCCUUCGAUCUACAGAAGCACCAUCAUACCCCCGACGAACGUCCGUGUCAUUCCAACCGUUCAAAGCCGGGUCGCUAUCAUCGUCGCCUGCUCCCGGUUCUGCUGUUCCCCCUUCUCCAGGCAGUUCGUUUGGAAGGCCCGGGAGCUCAUUAGGUCGGACUGCCACCACAAGCGCGUUAAAUCAACCGCGCAACCGAACAUCACUCACUGCUCUCCCGCAAACAGCGCUCAGAACACCUUCACUGCCAAACGAGGCCGCCUUUGCUUCUUCAGCAUCAAGUUCGCCAAAACCUGCACCAAUAGCCCGUUAUAGUAGCAGCUUUGGUCAUAGAAAGAACAGGUUCUCUACGGGUGGUGCAAACAGCAAGACUGAAGACGAUAAUCUGAGCAGUGGCAAGGGUAGCGUGGCCUCAUCCAUACAAAGAGGCUCAGACGUCAUGAAUGACGGGUCCGGCGGCAGUUCAGGAGAGGUCAAGACGGACGACGAGAACAUCUCAGAUUUUUUGAAGUUGCUAGAGGCCAAGAAGGACUUGAAGAGCUUUACACGGAGCGACAACGCUGCUCGAGAUGCCAACAUGCGAAAGACGACGGCCCAACUGUCCAAAUACCAACGCAUGAGAGAUUCGCACACGGCACUCUCCGACUCGGUAUCGUCAUCCGUGAUGCUCCACCAGACUUCGCCAUCUUCCAGUCGACGACUGUCCAGCGUACCUGCAAUGAUUGCUGGCACCUCUGUAUCGACGGCAUCCUCGUUUGGAAAGCCCAUCUCGCCCCACACCCCACACACCCCAGCCAUUCCUUCUCGAUUGAGUGCAAACAGCAUCAUCGAAUACGAGCCACGCCCUCACCGAAGUCGGAGCGGAGCUCGACGGACAUUGCGUGAGCCAAACGCGACCAACGUACGCCAGCAGAGCGAGGACGAAGACCAAAACGCAAACGGCAUCAACAUCCCCACCUCGCCCCGCCCCUGGAACGUCUCCCGCCGCUCCAGCUCCGUCUCGCAGCAGCACCGCAACCUCCCCGAAGACGAACCAGACCUCUUCGGCAUGCGCUCCACCAGCCUCCCCACCGAAGAAGCAGAAGGCGCAAGAGACAUGCAGCGCCUCACAACCCGCAACCUAACCUCCAGCGGCCUCUUCACACAAACAGAGCUCCUCGCAAGCGCUACCCGCGACAAACCCCAACCCACAAACCCAUCCGACGACGCGCAGCCCUCCCCGACUUCCAACUUACCCCCUAAGCGCGGCGUCAGCUCCCGCGGCCGCGGGGGCUUCUUCUCCCAUAGCUCGUCUACCAGCCUGUCCACCGGCGCUACUAGCUCGACGGAACGCCAGAGUCGAUAUAACUUCUCCAGCCGUGGCACCGCCGCCGCCGACGACGACGAACCCUUGCUCUUCCAGAUGAGCGAGAUUGGCGCUGCGGCGUCACGACGCAGUAUCGAGGAGGGCCGCGGCGGCGCGAGUACAGGUAGCGCGGGGAGGAAGGGGUCGCCGUGGUUGAGGUGA